AUGGCCACCAAUGGUGCUCGGUCUACUGACCCAGCGGUCUAUGAUGAGUACAAGAUCACCUGGGCUAAGCAACCUGCAUCGGAGACCGAAUGGGUUCAGAGAGCCAAGGACGUCGCAGCUGUCCUUGCGAAGGAUGCUGGCGACCGUGAGCGAGAGAACAAAGCUCCUCAUGCUGAAGUGACACUACUGAAGCAUGCUGGCCUCUUGAAAGUGCUCGGUCUGGAGAAGUAUGGCGGUGGUGGUCAGCCAUGGAGUGUUGGCUACAAGGUGAUACGCGAGGUUGCCAAGGGUGAUGGUUCUCUGGGCAUGCUUCUUGGCUACCAUCUACUCUGGUCAACCACCGCCGAUGUUGUCGGCACACCUGAGCAGGCCGACCGUGUGCAAGACCUGAUCAUCUCCAAUAACUACUUCGUUGGUGGAGCUGUAAACCCUCGGGACAGUGAUUUGAAGAUCACGUCUGAUGGCGAUAACAUCGUAUUUGACGGUUUCAAGUUCUUCAAUACGGGCGGUGUCGUCUCCGACCUGACGGUGCUCGAGGGCGUGUACGAGGACACUGCCAACCACAUCUUUGCGCUUGUCAAGACGCAGCAACCUGGAAUCCAGUUCUCCCACGACUGGGAUAACGUUGGUCUACGGUUGACGGAAUCUGGAAGCGUCAAGAUCGAGAAGGUCAGCGCUCCAUGGGCUGAUGCCCUUGGUUGGGACGUCGAGAAAAAAGUCCCAGCCGAACCGCUCACCAUACCAUUCGCAACACUGUUGCUUCCGACAAUUCAGCUCGUCUUCAGCAACUUCUACCUUGGCAUUGCCUGGGGUGCCCUGAACGAGGCUAAGGCCUACACAAACAAGUCAACUCGAGCCUGGCCGUUCGGUGGCGAUAAUAAGGAAAAGGCGCAGGACGAAUUCUACAUCCUCUCGACAUACGGCAACCUAUUCGCUCAUCUACGUGCCGCCACUGCUCUUGCCGACCAGGCUGGUCUAGAGAUCAACUCUGUUUAUCAGCAUUCUGGUGACAUAGCUACGCGAUCCAAACUCACCGCCGAAGCUCGUGGUGAGGCUGCGGAAUGGGUGGCUAGCGUAAAGGUGGCAGCCACUGAUAUCGGCCUGAGGGUAACAUCUGGGGUCUUUGAAGUCACUGGCUCCAAGUCUACCCAGAGGAAGGUCGCACUCGAUCGGUUCUGGAGGGAUAUCAGGACACACUCAUUGCAUGAUCCCGUGGCGUACAAGAACCGUGAGCUCGGACGCUACGUCCUACUUGGGGAGAUUCCGGAGCCUACCUGGUACACCUAA